GUAAAACAUAUUUUCGAGCUCCUUUCUCUUUUAUUAUCCGUUUUCUGACUUCUGGAUCUGUCUUUGUCGGAUCAUCCAAUUUUUUUGUUGUCUUUCCUCUGUUUCGUUUAUGAAUCAUGAUGAUGUACAUGUUGUAACUGAAGUAACUUUUGGUUAUCAAAUUAGAGUUAAAGAGAGAAUUUUUACGAGAUAUUUGUUAUAAAUUUAUCGAUUUGAUUCUUGUUGCUAUUAGGGUUUUGUCUAUUUGAUUCGAUCGGGUUUUUUUUAAGAGAAAUGGGUUGUGGAAUCUGGAAUAGAUCCUUCUCAUGCUUGUUGGGUUUUGCUGAUUUUCUCGUUUUUGGUUUUAUGAGUAAACUCUGUAUCUGGUGUGAAUUCGUUUUCCAUCAAAAAAAGUCAUCAAAUUACGUUUUUUUAUAAACAUUAUCCAAAGAUCUGACCUUUAUUGAUUGACUUUACUGUGCUUUUACAUUUGUUCGCACGCAUUUAUGUGGUUUGUCCAGUUUCACUUUAGUAUUCUUUCUCUUAUAUGGAUGUGAACAUGCAUUAGUGACACAUAGUUCACUCCUUUUUAUUUUCCUCGGAAGUUCUCUUUUUCAUGGAUUCUUAGCAUUAUGUAAUAUACACUCUAACUGCUUUACUUUGAUUUUAGAACAAGGGUUUUAGGGCUUGGAUGCUUUGUUUUCAUUGAAAAAGAAGUAGAAGGAGUGUAUACAAGGAUUAUGGGAACUCACAUCAAUUUCAACAACUUAGGAGGUGGUGGUCAUCCUGGAGGGGAAGGGAGUAGUAACCAGAUGAAGCCAACGGGUAGUGUCAUGCCCUUGGCUAGGCAGUCCUCGGUCUACUCCCUUACCUUUGAUGAGUUACAGAACACACUAGGUGGACCGGGAAAAGAUUUCGGGUCGAUGAACAUGGAUGAACUCCUGAAGAGCAUAUGGACUGCUGAGGAAGCUCAGGCCAUGGCCAUGACUUCUGCGCCAGCUGCUACAGCGGUAGCGCAACCUGGUGCUGGUAUCCCACCCCCAGGUGGGAAUCUCCAGAGGCAAGGUUCGUUGACGUUGCCUAGAACAAUUAGUCAGAAGACUGUUGAUGAGGUGUGGAAAUGUUUGAUCACCAAGGAUGGUAAUAUGGAAGGUAGCAGCGGAGGCGGUGGUGAGUCGAAUGUGCCUCCUGGAAGGCAACAGACUUUAGGGGAAAUGACACUUGAAGAAUUUCUGUUCCGUGCUGGGGUUGUAAGAGAAGAUAACUGUGUUCAACAGAUGGGUCAGGUCAACGGAAACAAUAACAAUGGGUUUUAUGGUAACAGCACUGCUGCUGGCGGCUUAGGUUUUGGAUUUGGUCAGCCAAAUCAAAACAGCAUAACAUUCAAUGGUACUAAUGAUUCUAUGAUCUUGAAUCAGCCACCUGGUUUAGGGCUCAAAAUGGGUGGAACAAUGCAGCAGCAACAACAACAACAGCAGUUGCUUCAGCAGCAACAACAGCAGAUGCAGCAGCUGAAUCAGCCUCAUCCACAGCAGCGGCUGCCUCAAACCAUUUUUCCUAAACAAGCAAACGUAGCAUUUUCUGCGCCUGUGAAUAUAACCAACAAGGGUUUUGCUGGGGCUGCAAAUAAUUCUAUCAACAAUAAUAAUGGAUUAGCUAGUUACGGAGGAACCGGGGUCACUGUUGCAGCAACUUCUCCAGGAACAAGCAGCGCAGAAAAUAAUUCUUUAUCACCAGUUCCGUAUGUGCUUAAUCGAGGACGAAGAAGCAAUACAGGUCUAGAGAAGGUUAUCGAGAGGAGGCAAAGGAGAAUGAUCAAGAAUCGGGAAUCAGCUGCUAGAUCAAGAGCUCGAAAGCAGGCUUAUACAUUGGAACUGGAAGCCGAAAUUGAAAAGCUCAAGAAAACGAAUCAAGAACUGCAGAAAAAACAGGCUGAAAUGGUGGAAAUGCAGAAGAAUGAGCUGAAAGAAACGUCGAAGCGACCGUGGGGCAGCAAAAGGCAAUGCUUGAGAAGGACAUUAACCGGACCAUGGUGA